UUGAAUGCCAUUGUCUCUCCAUUAUCUACCUCUCUCCUGGCCCCUCAUGAACUCCUCCUCCUCGUCAAUUGUCUAGUCUUGUCCAAUCUCUUCCCUAUAAUCAAUCUCUCUUCUGUUCUGCUCUGCUCUGGUCUGCUUCUCUUCAUUUCACUUCUACUUCUACUAUUCACUCUCUCCUUCUUCCACUUGUCGCAUCCAAAUCAAUGUUGUAAACUCCGUAAACUCCUGAGUACGAUAAAUCACACUCUUCACUUUCUUUCUUUCCCUUCCUUGUGUACGAUCAACCACUCACCUUUCAUUUCUCUUUCUCUAUCUAUCUCUAUCCCUGAUUGUACUUCUUCCUAGAGAGUGUAAAUGAUGGUGGACGACCAGGCUCAGGUUGAAGCCACCGCUGUGUCUCCACCUCGCCGUGUUCUUCUCAUAUCCGCCGGUGCUAGCCACUCCGUCGCUCUUCUCUCUGGAAAUGCUGUUUGCUCGUGGGGUCGUGGAGAGGAUGGACAGUUAGGUCAUGGUGAUACUGAUGAUAGGCUUUUGCCUACUCUACUCAGUGCAUUGGAUGCUCAACAAGUAGUUUCUGUUGCUUGUGGAGCUGAUCAUACUAUUGCUUAUUCAGAUUCACGCCUGGAAGUGUAUAGUUGGGGAUGGGGUGACUUUGGACGGUUGGGUCAUGGUAAUUCUAGUGAUUUGUUCAUUCCUCAGCCUAUUAGAGCAUUACAAGGUAUAAGGAUAAAGCAAAUUGCUUGCGGUGAUAGCCACUGUUUAGCAGUUACCAUGGAAGGCGAGGUGCAGAGUUGGGGGCGGAAUCAAAAUGGUCAACUUGGACUUGGCACCGCAGAUGACUCCCUUGUGCCACAAAAAAUUCAAACAUUUCAGGGAGUACCUAUCAAAAUGGUUGCUGCCGGUGCUGAACAUAGUGUAGCCAUUACUGAAAAUGGAGAACUGUAUGGAUGGGGUUGGGGCAGAUAUGGAAACUUGGGAUUGGGAGAUCGAAAUGAUCGCUGGAUUCCUGAAAAAGUUUCUUCUGUUGAUUUGCAGCGUGACAAGAUGAUCAUGGUUGCUUGUGGCUGGCGGCAUACUAUAUCUGUUUCAUCUUCUGGUGGCUUGUUCACAUAUGGAUGGAGCAAAUAUGGCCAGCUAGGACAUGGAGAUUUGGAGGAUUAUCUUGUGCCUCACAAGCUUGAAGCCUUGAGUGACAAGUUAAUUUGUCAGGUAUCAGGUGGUUGGAGGCAUAGUAUGGCACUCACAUCUUGUGGACAACUUUAUGGAUGGGGUUGGAAUAAGUUUGGACAGGUUGGAGUUGGUGACAAUGUUGAUCGCUCAGCUCCCGUGCAAGUGAAGUUUCCCCACGACCAGAAAGUAGUGCAGAUCUCAUGUGGGUGGAGACACACAAUUGCUGUUACUGAAAGAGCAAAUGUAUAUUCUUGGGGAAGAGGCACAAAUGGGCAACUUGGGCAAGGGGAUACUGUUGACCGGAAUUCUCCAAAGAUUAUUGAGGCUUUGAGUGUUGAUGGAUCUUGUGGGCAGCACAUAGAAUCCUCAAACACUGAUCAAAUAUCAGGAAAAUCCUUGAGCUCCUUGUCUGAGAGAUAUGCAGUUGUUCCAGAUGAAACUCAGGUCUCAGGGCAAACUGCUAAUCCGGGCAAUGGAGAUAGGUUUGAUCUUAGUGUCCCAGAAAGCGAUGUCAAACGGAUCCGAGUUUGAUUAAUCAAAAGGAUGCAUCAUUCAUUUGAGGAGAAUGAUGCAUCCUUUUGAUCUUUCUUCCCCAUGAGUUCAUAGGAGCCAGUCAUCUGCCACUACUAUUAAUUUGGCUUUCAAUAUGAUGAUUGUAAAGUCCACAUUAUGAGAAAGACUAUGUUUGAUCUCCUCUUAUAUAUAUUACUAUCAGUAAGCAAGGAUACAUUUAAAUAGUUCAUAGUUUUUUUUCCUUCUUAA